AUGAUAAAACCUAGGCGACACAAUCCGUUCAUGCCACGCGUGCAAAAACCAAGCCAUGAGGGUAAAGCCAUGCCGAAGAAGAAUGACGGUGGAAAUAAAUCUUUAUUCGACCAAUUGGAGGAAUUCCGUGUUAAUCCAGCAGAGCCAGAGGAGCAGCAGGAUAUGGAUGGCCUGAUGGACUGGUGGGGCACAGUGGAGCAGUGGGAAGACAUGCCUCAAGAUGAUGACUUGACUGAAAAAGAGGAGGCCAAGGCGUUUGCAGUGACAGCUGAGAAGGUGCAGAAAGGUAUCCGUGUGUUCAACAAGCUGUUCUCAGAGCGUGCAGAGAGCCUGUGGCAGCACGUCAUUGACCUGAACAGCAUCGCAGAUGCCCUCGACUGCUUCAACAAGAAGACCAAGAUCGCCCAAAUCACUGGCGGCUCCACCAGCGCUGUAGGAGGCGUGUGUACCAUUGUAGGCCUCGCCCUGGCCCCUGUCACCAUGGGAACCUCCCUGAUCGUCACAGCGGUGGGACUGAGCGUGGCCACAGCGGGUGGCCUAACCUCAGCCGGAGCUGGACUCUCCAACACGGUCAACAACUCCAUGGACCGUAAGAAGGUGGAGGCCAUCGUGACGGACUACCAGAAGAAGAUGACCGACAUCAACAAGUGCAUGCUGUUCAUCAAGCAAGGGAUUGAGAGCCUGCGCAGGUUCGAUCUGCUGAAGAUGAAGAAGCACGCGUACAACCGUGACUUCCCGGGCCUCAACAACAUCUAUGAGGACGGUGCCAUGGCUGGGAAGGCCAUCCUCAUCAACGCCAACGAGAUCAUGCGUGUGGUGCAGAUAGCCAACGUGGCUGGCAGCACUGCGGCCAGAGCUGUCCAGAUUGCCAGCAUGGCCACCGGAGUGCUCACCGGCCUCUUUGUGGGCAUGGACAUCUACUUUGUGGCCAAGGACUCCAAGGAGCUGAAGAAGGGAGCCAAGUCUGAGUUUGCUGCCAAGAUCAGGGAGGUGGCGACCCAGCUGCAUGAUGGACUGGUGGAGCUUAAUGGCAUACGGGUUGAGCUGCAGUCCACAGAUCCAGACAACACCAAUGGCACCAACACCCCAGACAGUACCAAUAAUCGGAAAAAGCUGGACAGUGAUGACAAUUAUAAAACUUCUGACAGCAAAAGCAUUGUUAAUAACAGCAAUACUGCAGAUAACAGUCAUAAGACCAGCAAAGCCUAA